GCUGAGAAUGAAAGGACAGAGAAGGAAAGGGUGAGAGAGAGGAAUGGAUGGAACCUCGUAAAAAAUGGUUUGAAAACAGCUUUGGCCAAAGCAGACCAGGAGAGGAAUCAGACCCUAGUUGGCUGGAAGGAGGACAAGGGGAGAUGGGCCAAGGCCAAGGCUGGCCUACAAAGCCUCUUGGAUCAACGGGGGGAAAGGUGGAUGAAGGAAAAGGAGGAGAUUAAGAGCAGGAGCACGCAGGCAGCGGAGGAGUGGAUGAUUGAGCUGAGAGAAAAGGAGAGAGCGAUAGAGGCUCUGGAAAGAGAAAAGAAGAGGAUUCUGUGCCUGCAUGGACAAGAGAAGAAGGGAUGGGAGAUGGAAAAGGGAGAGAUGGAAAAGGAGAGGUUGGAGUUUACAGGGGAGCGGGAGAGAAAGAGUACUGAAAUUGAGAAAAUGCAAAGGCUAAAAGAGAGAUGGGCAAUAGAGAAGAGAGAUAUUGUGGAGCGGACGAAGGAGGCACACGUAAAGCUGUACCACAUGCAGACUGUCCUGAGGUUCAGAGAGCAAGAGCAGGCACAGAUGGAAAUGGAAAUUGCCCAGAUAGUCAGGGCAAAGCAGGAGAAAAAGGAGAGGAAAGAAAGAGAGAUUUUGGAGAAGAACAAAGUGAAAGAGCUGCUCAGAGCAAGAAAAGCAGCUAGUAAGGAAGAAGUCAGGAAGAAUAAGGAGAGGGUGAAAGCCCACCUAGACGAGGUGGCAAGGAUCUAUAACGAAAAGAAACAGAGGGAGAAAGAAAGAGAAAAGCUGUUGAAAAAGUCAUUUGGCAAAGAAAAUCCCAUGGCGUACGUCCCAGACCGCAUACUGAAUAAGAUGUAAGAACGCAACGCAGAUUGAAGAGUAAAUAUUGUCAGCUGGCAUUGGUCAAAAGUGAAUUUCUAUAUUUUUUC